AUGCCAACCCUCACCAAUUUCUACACCAUCCAAGAUGCAUCCCACCACAAAACAGAAGACGACUGCUGGAUCAUUGUCGAUGGGAAGGUAUACGAUGUGACACAAUAUUUGGAAGAUCAUCCCGGUGGAGAUGAUGUAAUCCUCGCUGCAACCGGGAGAGAUGCAACUGAAGAUUUUGAAGAUGCUGGCCACAGCAAAAGUGCAAGAGAACUUAUGGAGAAAUAUUACAUCGGUGAAUUUGACACUUCGUCUACGAUUUCAACCAAGAAAGGUUAUUACGAAAAGUUCACGACGCAGCUGAAGAAUAAACCAUAUAUGGGUUUUUCCGUAGCUGUAGUUGGCAUCUCUGUGGUGGUUGGUUUCUUAUACUUAAGGAAGAAGUAA